AUGGGAGCCCCUGGUCGCUGGGCCAACCUUCCACAGGCAAUGCGUGUGAGAACGAAAGUAGCAUGGGCGACAUUGUCAUGGUGGAGUGGCUUGCUGGUGGUAUUGGCGGUUUGGGCCAGCUCCUGCAGAAACUCGGUAGGUGACGCAGGGCCUUUAGUCGAGACGUGCCUCAGUUUGGGGGCAGGUUCGUGUGACACAUUGAAGGAAGUGCAGAGCAAGAACCAGCAGCUCCGUGCUCGGCUGAGCGAGGUUCGCUGGCCCAAGCUGGCGUGUUUUCGGGCGAAUGGGCGAACCUACAGCCUGCCGCUUCGAGCUGAGAGCAGGAACCUGCUUCACCCGCCAUCCGAGUCGUUGCUGGCCUACUUGGCAGGCUUUUUCGAUGGGGAUGGCUGCGUGUCUUGUCAGCCAAAGAUGUCGGGUUGCUACUUGGAUGUGUCACAGUCCUUUGACCAGGCCGAGGUUCUGACGCUGUUUCGUGAGACUUUCGGGGGAGGUAUCACGCCGGCAAGCAGAGGCGGCGUGGGACUGCGCAAGCCAGCUCUCAGGUGGAUCGCAUGCGGUCAGUCAGCCCGAAGGGUAGCUGAGCUCCUGGCGCCACAUAGCAUCACCAAGCGGGAGCAGCUCAUGCUGACGGCCCAGUGGCCCGAAACGAAGUCCCAAAGAAAGGACUGCAAGGCUGAGUUGUGUGCCAUGAAAAAACGCGAUUCUGCAGUCGCCGGGCCGUGCAGCUGGAACUACUUCGCCGGCUUCUUCGAUGCAGAGGGCUGCAUCGUGCAGCGGGGUCGGGGAGUGUCGCUGACCCUGGAGAUUCGGCAAAAACAUGCCCAGGUGCUCGAGAUGUUGCGCAUUUUUUUGGCCAGAACCUCAGGCAUUGAAUCAAAUGUUGCUUCGGGAAAGUCUUCGCAUUUACUUCUGAUCUGCGGCGUGACCAAGUGCAAGCAUGUACUGCAACACUUGUUGCCAGCCGGAUUGCUUUGCAAAGCGAAACAUGCAGAGCUUGCUGUUGGCCUGACACCGGAGAACGCUGCGCAAGUUAGGACGCAGGUGGUGUGCCUGACUGGAAACCAACAGUUUGGGAAGAGGCUGGAUGCCGCUGGCCACGACAGGGCAAGAAGGAUCCUCUCCACAAACCAACAAGCUGCUCGAUUUGAGCAGCGUGGGCAGUGUGCGGAAGCUAGAGCCAAAAAGGCCGAGGUUGAGGUGCUGAAAGAAGAGCACGAGCUGCUCAAAGCCCACCUGGAGAACCAGCAGUUGCUGGAGUAUACGCACAAACUGGACAACUUGCACCGUAAUUCGUGGGACGGGACUUUCGCUUGUGGAAUGUGA